CAUAUAAAAGUGCUUUAACAUUUGUUUCAAAGGUUUCCCCUCACAAUACAGCUUUUGAUUAUGAAUAAAUUAGUCAGAGAAUAUCUAAAUCAUUACCAAUAUAUUGCCUUUUUUUCUACAAUGAUAUGUAGUGCACAUUGUCAACCUACGUUAAGCUUAAACCUUGCGAGAAAUCAACCAAGGUGCAAUUGUAAGAUGUGUCCACUAGAUGGCGCUUUCUGAGCUGUUUUAUGUAGAGCAGACGUGGAUCGCAGGUAUAGUUUGGUUCCCGCCUCUACAGUCGGUCCGCCCGACAGUAACUUGUUUCCAGUCACACCGCCUCAACUUUCUGCAAGCUCUUGGAUGUAAAGGUUCUUUAGAAAUUUGAACGGGACCUCCUUUAAAAAAACUAAAUACUGCCUCACCUGACACCUGGUGUCUAAAUCAAGAGGAAAUAAAUCACUGGGAUUAUAAAGGCUUCAUUUGGUCAGAUGGCUGUGCUUUGGACAUGCUGCGUUUUUCUUGCGUGUUGCUGUGGAUCUGCGCUCGGAAGUCCGAAGAACUGCGACAAAGUGCGUGAAGUUUUUAUGUCACUUGGACCGAGUCAGCUCCUUCUAGGUCCAACAACAGGUAAAGACCUUCAGGUCUGCAUGUCCAAGAACUCAACGUGUUGCACCAAAAAGAUGGAGGAGAAGUACCAAGUGGCUGCCCGAAGACAAAUCCAGACCCAUCUACAGGCGUCCAGCUCUGGGCUGAAGCUUCUCAUAUCUCGCUACGUGGCUGCUUUUCAAGAAACCUUUGAGGUCCUGAUCAGGCAGGCUGAGAACCACACCAACGCCAUCUUCCAUAUGUCCUACCCUAACAUGGCUGAUCAUGCUGUGAGCACAGUCGGAGAGCUCUUCACUGACGUCGGCCUCUUUCUUCUGGGGUCUGAGCUCAGCGUUGAUGAAUUUGUGCAGCGGUUCUUUGAUGCCCUCUUCCCACUCGUCUACAAGCAUCUGAUAAACCCAGGCCUUGGCGAUGUAUCGCCAGGCUACGCUGAGUGUGUGAGAUCAUUAAGCCGUGAUGUCAGGCCAUUUGGUGCAGCGCCGGGCCUGCUUGCUGAUCAGAUUACUUCCUCUGGGGUCUCUGGGAAGCUUCUGCUUCAGGCGCUGCAUCUCAGCAUUGAGGUCAUCAAUACCACCGACCACUUACAGCUGAGCCGCGAGUGCAGGCGUGCCCUGCUCAAGAUGCAGUUCUGUCCUCAUUGCCAGGGCUUAACCCAGUCCAAGCCUUGCAGGGGUUACUGUCUCAAUGUGAUGCGAGGGUGUUUGGCAAGCAUGGCAGAAAUCGACACCCACUGGAGGGAGUUUGUCAGCUCGCUGGAGGGCCUGUCAGCGAGGAUGCACGGAACACUGGAUUUGGAGCAAGUCCUCCUGGGAGUUCACACGCUGCUGCACCACGCUGUCGGACAUGCUUUGGAAAACGGAGCUCCCCUCUCAAAACAGGUCCAGAAAGUGUGUGGCCCGCCUGGCAGGAAGCCUGCAGAGUCGGUCAGCGUGCGUCACAGCAGCAGGAGGGCAUCGCUCCCACUUCAAGCUCCAGUCAAAGUCACAGGAGAAGCAUUUACCAGCAAGAGACGGGACUUCUUACGCACUCUGCGGCCUUACAGCACAUUCUACGGCAGCCUUGCAGAUCAGCUUUGUGACAGAUACCUCUCGUCUGGCGAUGGGUGGCUCUGCUGGAAUGGAACCAGCAUGGUAGAGAGCUACACAGUUCGGGUGGUUGGAAGUGGAGUCAGAGCUCAAAGUGCUAAUCCUGAGGUGAAGGUGAAGGGAACCGAUCCUGUGAUAAACCAGAUCAUCGACAAACUCAAACACAUCAACCAGUUGUUGCAGGGGAAGUCCAUUCCUAAACUGGGCUCCUUGGAUCAGAUCGAAACAGGAAGUGGAGACGGAGAGGGACGCUAUAGCGGCGAGUGCGAUGAUGAGGACGGUUGUGCCGGGUCAGGAGGCGGCGAGUCAAAAAGCAAAGUUUCUAAAGUCUUCAAAUUGGUUCCAGAUGUGAUCAGUGAUUACAAACAUCAUAAUCAUCAUCCUCCAUUUGCCAAGGAUCCAGAAAUAGGUGGCAGAUCUAACAGCGUCAGACUGAUUGGAACCAUCUGGGUCCCGGUAUUGCCUUGUUUACAUAUGCUCCUAGUCUGGUAACAGCUGCUUUUUUGCAGAAUUAAACCUUAAGACUUGAUUUCAAGUUUAUUUAUCCAAAAAA